CCCUCUGAAGCUGAAGAGUGCUAUGCUAAAGCAGCGGUGGCAGCGGAUGCCAAAGUUUGCUCUACCAUCGGGAGGGACAUGUUGAAGCGUAACGGUUCAGCAGUCGAUGCUGCUAUUGCUGCUCUGCUGUGUGUGAGUGUGAUUAAUCCCCACAGCAUGGGCAUCGGAGGAGGCGGGGUUUUCACCAUAUACAGCCCAUCAACAGGAAAGGUGGAGACAAUUAAUGCAAGAGAAACUGCUCCAAUGAGUGCUUCAGAGAACAUGUUUGGCAAUGACCCCAAGAAAGCACAACCAGGGUUGUUUAUAACUGUGCCAGGAGAACUGCGGGGUUAUGCGCUGGCGCACCAGAGACACGGGAGACUGCGAUGGAAGGAGCUGUUUGAGCCCAGUAUAAAGCUGGCAUCAGAGGGUUUUCAGAUUGGCAAGGCCUUGGCUAAUGCCAUCAAUGAGACUAGAGGCACAAUUCUGAAUGAUAAAACAUUGUGUGAAAUCUUUUGCGACUUAAAUAAUAACACCUUGAAGGAAAAUGACAUUAUAAGUUUUCCUAAACUAGCUCUAACCUUUAAGAAGAUAGCAGAAGAAGGACCAGAUGCCUUUUAUGAUGGGUCAUUGACUCAGACUAUAGUGGAUGAUAUCAAUGCUGCAGGAGGGAUUAUAACACAUGAGGACCUGAAGAAUUAUCAACCUGUGCUGAAUGAGUAUGCAUUAAACUUUACUGUGGGGAAAUACAUAUUUCAUGCUCCUGAUGCUCCAUUCGGUGGACCCGUACUCGCUCUGAUACUCAACAUACUCAGAGGCUACAACAUCUCAAGCAGCAGUGUGUCCACAACGCAGAACAAGACUUUGACCUAUCAUCGUAUGAUAGAGGCGUUCCGCUUCGCUGAUGCCCGCAAGAGUAAACUGGGAGACCCACUUCAUGAAAACAUGAUUGAGAUUGUCCAAAAAAUGACCUCAGUGAGCUAUGCUGACGACAUCAGGAGUAAGAUUAAAGAUGACAUCAAACAAACGAGCUAUGAUGAGCAGGAGGACCUUGAUAAUGUGCCGGAGGACCAUGGCACGUCUCACCUGUCUAUUAUCGCAGAAGAUGGGAGUGCAGUGGCAGUCACCAGCAGUAUCAAUAACUAUUUUGGUUCUGGGGUGAUGUCACGCUCAACAGGCAUUAUAUUUAAUGACCAACUGUGGGAUUUCAUUGAACCUGAGGUGAUAAAUAAAGUUAACAAUAACAACUUAAUUAAACCAGGUAAAAGGCCGCUUUCUUCAAUGUGUCCCACAAUAAUAUUGGACAAACACAGCGGACAAGUCAAAAUGGUGGUUGGAGGUGCAGGUGGCACAAAUAUCACCACUGCAACAGCCCAGGUGAUCCUGAACUACCUGUUCUUGGACUAUGACCUGCAGAAAGCUGUCACAGAACCCAGAGUUCAGAUCACGCUACAUGACACAAAUGUAGAAGAUAACUUUGAUCAGAGAGUAAUUGAUGGCUUGAAGCUGAAGGGUCAUAAUAUCCAUCACAAUACUUCAUUGUCAGUGGUCCAGGCGGUUGUUCGCCAGCGGGACAAGCUCUGUGCCGAGUCCGACUUCAGGAAAGGAGGCUAUCCGGCGGGAUACUGAGCACUCCUGUGUUU